CGUUCUAUUUAGAUCGGAUGAGGACUCGCUGUCCUCAUCUAGCAAUGAGUGAAUAGUGGGUAGGUGAUAAGAGAGCGACUGACGUAUAUAACGCCAGAUGAAGAAGAUGAAAAAAAAAAAGAUAUUAAGAUAUAUAUAGUCUCGAAGACAACGAGAUCUGGAUGCCACAGGGCAAGGUUUAAAGGAAGGGCAGGUCGUAAGGUGACCGGAGGAGUGUUGUUGAUGUGGUGGUUGGGUGUGCCGUGGUGGUCGGGUAUACCAUCAACUAUUAGAUAUGAGACGGGGGAUGGGGGAGAGAGAGAGGAGGAGGAGGAGGAAGAGGAAGAAGAGAGAAAGAAAAAGAGAGAGAGAGAGAUAGAUAGAAAGAGAGAGAGGAAAGGAGGGUGUAAAAAGAGGGACUCAGGCGAGAGAGAGGAAAAAGAAAAGAGAAGCCAGCACGAUGGGAAUAAUAAUUCAAAAUAGAAUAAAAACGAAAUAAAAUAAAACGGAUCAAUAAAAUAAAACGAAAUAAAAUAAAUAAAUAAAAACGGCCGCGGGGAAACGAGAGACAAGGCCCGAAAAAAAACUGGUAGUUGGUUAGUAGUGAGUUAUGGGAAAGAUGGGAAUAGUAAGGAAAAGAGUGGCAGGACAGACGGGUGGAUAAGAGCACCACCACCACCACCACCACCACCACCACUACCACUA